UUUAAUUUCAACAUAUCCAUUAUCAAAAUAACAAAUAGGCGAGACAUAUCUCUGUGUUAACAGUUUUUCUAGAUUUUCGACGCUAUCAAUCAAAUUGGUGGUUUUUUUUUAAAUAUUACACCAUAAGGUAUUGGGGAAAUCUAGAUUCAGAAUAUUUUCUUUGCCAUCUGCUAGACCAAAGUAUUUUUUUCAUCAAAUUGGGGACCAGAAUAUUUUUUUUUUAGAAAAAAAAAACAUACCCCCUUUUUGAAGUUCAUUAGGCAUCCGUUGUAAACAUUAAAAUCUAGGUCGUUGAUUUUAAAAGUUUUGGGCUGAUAUGUAUAAAACCACUCAAGUUAACAUAUCCAAUCGUAGUAAUAAUUUAUCUUAUGACAUGCCAAAAAAAUCCGUUCGUUCGGGAUAAAUCUAAACUUAAGUAGUUUUAUGCAUAUCAGCCCUGGUCAAUAAGUCAAAGCAAGUAAAGUAAAGUAAAGUAAAAGUAAUCUUGUUUAAAUUCGGGUUGCAUAUAUACAUAAUAACAAGGAACAUGAGCUCUUAACUGCUUAAGUUUAGUCAUAUUUUUUUUUUUCGAUAGAUCGUUCGAAUAAACUUUUGAAAUAAAAUAUGAUGAUUAUUAUAUUUAAACGAUUAAUCGUUUAAUAUGAAAAAUCGUACUCACCAAUGUAGUCCACGUUAAAGUAUCAUAAUAUACACUUGUUUAGAAUUUUGGAACAUCGUAGGUGUGUUCGAAUAAUAAGUAUCACUUUAAAUGUACCUAGUAUUAUACCCGACAAAAAAGAAAUGCACCACCCUUCAAAUUGAAAUUCGAAUAUAAAAUGUAUAAUAUGAAAUGUAUAAUAAUAAAAAUAUCUGAUAAGAUAAAUAUGUCACCAUCAAAAUAUUUUAUUUUCAGUUUAGCUGAGAGUACUAAAAAGAAAAUUAAGUGGGCAUAUAACCUUUUCAACACAUGGAAAACACAAAGAAAUGCCAUAGCCGUAGCUGAUCUCAGUCUUAAUAUAAGUAUUAUUUCACCAGAUCUAGAAGUGAUGACAAAGGAUGAAUUGUGUUUUGCUCUUUCUAGGUUCAUCUGUGAGAUCAAAAAAGAAAACGGAGAAGAAUAUCCCGGUCAAACCCUUUACGAAAUUUUAAUAAACAUACAGUUAUAUUUAGAGGGAAAGGGGAAAUAUUUCAAAUUUCUAAACGAAGAUUGUUUUAUCCAAAUAAAGAAUACACUCGAUCACACUAUGAAAGAACGAGCGAGUUCUGGUUUAGGAACUCACAAGAAAAAAGCACAGGAAAUUACUUACGACGAAGAAAACAUGCUAUGGGAGAAAGGAAUUCUAGGAAAUACUACUCCGCAAAAGCUCCUUGAUACGACUAUUUAUUUAUUUGGUUUAAAUUUUGCUCUUCGUGCUGGAAAGGAGCAUCGAGAUCUAAGAUGGGAAAACAGUCAAAUAUCAGAGCACACGGAUACAAAUGGUGACUCCUACCUUGUAUACAGAGAGGAUGUUUCCAAGUCAAACCAAGGCGGACUGAAAUCGCGGAAGUGCAAGCAAAAAGUGGUUUUUGCUUAUGAGAACAAAGACAAUCCUGACAGAUGUAUUGUAAAAUUUUAUAGAGACUACAUAUCUCAUUGCCCAGAAAAAAGACCAAAAAAUGCCUUUUACUUGAAACCCAUACCAAAAUCGACUGGACAAGUUUGGUUUGCUACUAUGCCCGUGGGUAUAAAUAUGCUGACAGCAACAAUUGCAAGGUUAUGCAAAGAAGCCGGACUAAAGGGAUUCAGGUCGAACCACUCGCUUCGUGCCACUGCUGCUACCAGGUUAUAUGAAGAUGGUCAGGACGAACAGCUGAUAUCUGAAAUAACAGGCCACAAAAGUAAGGCAGUUCGCGAAUAUAAAAGAACAAACACCGAAAUGAAACGAAAGGCCAACCAGACGAUCAACAGUAAGCCGUCAGAACAAAAGAAACCCCGUUCAGAACUACAAAUAAACAGUGCACCGUCUACCUUUCAAGUGGAUGGCAAUAAUAUCAACAUAACGCUUCAAGUAAACUUUGGGAAUUCAAAGUAACGUGUGAAGGAUUUUUAUUUCAAUGCUGUUUAAGACACAACUGAGUCGUGGAUCAACUAUCAUGUGAAAUAAAUUUAUGUACAUGUACAAAUAUCUGAUCUUUUUCAUAAAGUGUCUUAUGAAUAAGAAUAUGUGGUAUGAGUGCUUAUGCCUUCAUUGAAUGUUGCUCGUGAACCGUUAAAAUGUUAUCAAUCACAUUUUUUACUACACACAAUAAAAUUUAGAACGGAAAUGUGUCAAAGAGACAACAACCCGACCAAAGAGCAGAAAACAAGCAUUUUAUUCAAUUGAGUUUCCAACCAAACAAAUUCUGGGUGCUUUUGUUAUCAGUUCUACGGAAGCGUAUUAGCGCCACAAAGGUUUGCGUUAACGCAAACAUAAGAAAAAAACAUAAAAAAAAUAAAUUGUGUGGCGCUUAUACGCUUCCGUACAAUUCUUCUGUGUUCUGUAUUGUCAACAACAUUUGUUUAUUGGUAAACAUCAGUCAUUUCUUCGCUUGUAAUGUAAUCUACUCACUCAUCUCUUCAAUUCAAUGAACCAUAGUGAGUAGUGUUACAUUACAAAUAGGUCAAAACUUCAGUGGAUUCUUGAAAAAUAAUCAACUGUUUCUUGAAUAGAUGACGUCACAACAAUG